UCAAAAAAAAAGUUUACGAAACUUAUUUUUCUUUGAGGGCCGAAGUUUAAAAAGUGAUAAUAUGAAAUGUUUUCACACAUCGUAGGGUUAUAUCACAAAAGUUUGAAUUACUUUUAUUAAGUAGGGUAUUUUACCGGUAAGUAAAGCACUAUUACAUCAUCCUAGCUGAAUGGUUACACGCACGUGCUUUGUGCCGGCAAGUUGCUGAGAAAACUCGCGAAACUUCUUCCAGGGGUUUGGGCUGAUGAUGGAGAAUAAAUCGCACUAUUCUACGAGCCAGUUGGAACUUUGCUCGUACAGGCAGUUGCAGAAACUUGCUAAAUCCAUGAAACUGCCGUCCAACGUGAAAAAAGUGCAUCUAGUGGAAAUGAUAAAUGCUAAGAGGUGUUCCCCGGAGUCAGAGGUGCAGCGGAUCAUCCGCCGAGUGAAGAACGAGCGGAAAUACCUCACAAAAGUCAAGAAGAGCAGCCGGCAGACUGUAAUAACUAUAGACUCAUCAAGCAGCGAGUCAUUAUCUCCCGCAAUAAGUGACACACCGAAACGCCCACCAUGCAUGCUGCGGUGCUCGGAGCUACGCCACCAGAUGAUGCGGUGUCAGAACAGCGUAGUCAGCACCUCACACCCCGCAAGCGACCGCGUCCUCCGCAGCUGCAACGUUAAACUCAAGCCCUUCAUGAACAAGUUCGUUGAAGUGAACCAGCGCCACGCCGACAUGGUCGACCAAGCCACGCAAAUGAACGUGCGGGUCAUUAACAAGUUCAAACCCAACAUACUGUCCAAUAAGGAGAGACAGAUUGUGCCGGUUACACAGAUUUCAAUCAAUGACAUAGACGUGGUCGACCGAGCCACGCAGAUGAACCUACGCGUCAUAAAGAAGUACAAACCCAACAUACUGUCGAGUAAGGAGAGACAGAUUGUGCCGGUUACACAGAUAGGCUCAACACAAAUCCUCGUAAAGCGUCAGAGGCUGCUGAGCGGUAUCUACCCCAUCGCCAAGGAGCUGGUGCCCGUGGGGGGAGUGGGCGUCCGCAACAGCGAGGGCAAGAUGUCCGCGCUCGCCGCCUUCAUACACAAGCCGCAGAAUGAUAGCCGUGCCAGCGUAACUGGGGAGAGUGGGCGUUGGCGGAGCGAUGGCAAGAUGUCCACGCCAACCACCUUCAGACACAAGCCGCCGGUAGAUAGCUAUACCAGCACGCGCAGUAACAGCAUCCUGAAGCGCAACAUCGAGCUGACGCUGCAGGACAUCAUCAACGGAGACGUAGAACAAGAUACCAGCCUCAAAUACCCUAACACCAGUGUAGUGGAAGAUGUGCCGGACUUCACAGAAGUGACCCCGGACAGUACAAGCUCCGUGUACUACCACAAGAAAAUUCGCGCAGAGCAAGUUAGAGAGCGGCGAAGCACUCUAAAUACCAGAUGUGAACUGCCGCGCAUCAACGAGGCAUUCGGCCAGUUCCGAGGCAACCACAUCCGGCAUGACGUCACGCAGCCGCUGUACGUGCAGGUCAGCGAGGAGUCCGAGCGGAUACUGAACUACCCCCAAUUCACCAAACGCAACACAAAUCUUCUGGAAACAGUGUACAACUUCAAGAGCCACUUGUUGACCAACCAGCCACUUCUACAACUAGCCACCACCACCAACACCAAAUGCGUGUACUCCACACCCACAGUGGCCACCGCUAAAAUGUGUGUAGCGUACGAACGAGACCAGUACUACGGCAACAUGGAUAACUCGCGAUUGAACGACUGCCUGAGGUUCGUCGAGCACGAUUACGACUUCCGGUGCUACGAAGACCCGAACAGAUCGAGUUCGUCCAUUGGAACAGUGCAGUCUCAGGAUCUAGGCGCCAACGUCACCAUUUCUGACAUGGUCGAAGACGCCUUGGAACUCAUCAGCCAAGAUGGAGACUACAUGGAGCGUAUGGGUAUGGACGUCAGAAUGCAGUGCGUUCUGUGCAACUGGGCUGGACCCAAAAUCAUACUCGAAUACCACAUUAGAAAGGAGCAUUCCAAUGACAUAGACAAGCAAGAGAAGCGGGAGUGGAACAUCACGUACUCGCUGGGCAGCGUGCACCAGCAGCUGUGGAAGUCUCGGGUUAUAGAGCACGAGUCCGCGCUGUACGUGCUCAGCGUCAAGUGCGAGCCGCCGGGGUGCUUGCUGGCCACGUUGGCGACCCUCACAACAGACCCAGAGCAUACCACAGGCAGCAUAACAGUCUUCAACACGGUAACUGGCGAGCCCCACACGUGGAUCGGUGAAAUACAAGAGCUGCCCCCCGGCUUGCCUUACGACAACCAACCUGGCUUACAGCUAGAUUUAGCGAGCCUAGACUUGAUGCCUAACAGUGCCAACUUGAAGUUGAUGAAUGGGGAAUUGGUCCUGCAAUCUCCGAGCAAGGUGGUGUUUGGACAGAUAGAGUUGAAUGAUAUACAUAUUAUUCUUUUUGUUAAGAUAUCUUAACAAACAUGUUAAACGAUAUGGUUCUUUAUCGGUAGAAUUUGAACCU